AUGUCUGGUUACUACGGUCCCUCUUUUUAUAAUCGUCCCUCGAGACCGGGGUCUCUGGCAGCAUCGAGAGCAAACUCUUCAUACAGAGUCCCUCGUACUGCUCCCGGCAGUAGACCCAUCACUCCCCGAAAUGCCUCGAUUGCCACCCCUCGAAAUGCAUCGUUCGCUCAUACGAUUGCCGGAACAACUGCAGCACAUACUGCACAAGUCACCGCAGCCAACACUGCAGCCAACACGGCCCCCAACAGUAGACCUGGCACACCCGGCUUGCUAUCUGAAGUGAACACCAAGCUUGAGAAUGAAGCCCAGCAGCCCCAAACAGAACGCACGUCAUUAAACUCUGAAAUUGAGAGAAAUGAAAAGGGCGAGCCUAUGAUCGGCCGUAUUGCAGGCGGCAAAUACAUUGAUGCCGACAUCGAAGACAUUGACUCGGACUGCGGUCCAAUCAAGACCGUCGAAUGCGACAUGCCGUUGACCCUCACGGAGAUGGUUAUUCACAACGAGAAGGAAUACAUCGUCUUGUCGUUUGCUACUGGCGACAAGGAAAACCCUUUCAACUGGAACCCAUGGUACAAGCGUAGCAUCACCACCAUGCUGAACUUGAUGACACUGUUUAUCGGCCUUGCGACCACGGCGUACAGUUCUGGAAUCGGGAGCAUGUGCGAAGAAUUCGGCGUCCCUGAGAUCAUGGGUCAGCUUGGUCUGUUCACUUUCAACAUUGCUUGUGCCAUCGCUCCUAUGGUCCUGGCGCCGUUCUGCGAGCUUGUCGGCCGGAAAGUGGUUUACAGCAGUGCUUUCCUAUGCUUCUCGCUCAUCUUCAUCGGCCUUGCACUGGCCAAAGACAUAUCAACCAUCAUCGGUCUUCGUCUCCUCCUUGGUCUCUUUGGAUGCGUCGGAACGAUCCUGGUCGGAGGAACAUUUGACGACAUGUACGAACCACACCACCGCGGCCGCCCGAUGGCCAUGUUCGCCUUCGUCGCCAUCUUCGGCACCGUCGCCGCGCCCAUCUACGCCGGCUUCAUCGACCAAGCCCUCGGCUGGCGCUGGAUCCAAGGCAUCCAAGGCCUCGCAAACAUCCCGCUCCUCGUCUGCAUCUUCGUCUUCUUCCCCGAAACCCGCGGCGGUGCACGCCUGCACAAGCGCGCCAAGGAGCUGCAAAAGGUCACCGGCGACGAGCGCUACGUCGCCGAAGACGACAUCUACACCCCGGACGUCAAAUCCAUGCUCAAAGCCUCCUCCGUCAAGGCAAUCCGCAUGCUCGUCACUGAGCCGGUAGUCUUCGCCUUUGGCCUUUGGAUCGCGUUCUGCUGGGCGGUAGUCUUCCUCUUCCUAUCCGUGAUCCCCAUCACGUUCCAGGAGAAGCGCGGCUGGAACGAAGGCGUCUCGGGCCUACCCUACAUCUCACUGGCUAUCGGCACGCUUCUAGGCUGGGCAGCGCACCACCUGCAAAUGCGCAAAUACAACGCCCUCCAAGCUGAUCCCAACAUCAACAUCGUGCCCGAGCAUAGGCUGUACGGCGCCAUGUUCGGCGCCGUGUGGUUGCCUGUCGGGCUGUUCAUCUACUCCUUCACGCAGUACGGCUACCUGUCGUGGGUCGGACCCGUAAUCGGCCUCGCGCCCAUUGCAUUUGGCAUUUUCUUCGUGUUUGAAAGCACGUAUUCGUACACGGCCGACUGCUACGGCGAGGCAUCCUCGUCGGCGAUCGCGGGCCAGGGACUCAUGAGGAACACGCUGGGAGCUGUGACGCCUUUGUUUGCGUCGGCCUUCUUUCACAAUGUUGGGAGUCAGUAUGCGGGGCUGAUUCUGGCGCUGUUUGGGACGUUGUUGAGUUUGAUUCCGUUUGUCAUGUUCAAGUAUGGACAUUUGCUGCGCGCGCGGAGUAAGUUGGCGAAGGAGUAUUAG